AUGCGUCUUGUAGUUCGACCUGACUCUGAGGCUGCCUCGCAGUAUGUGGCCGAGUACAUCAUCAACCGCAUCACGGCUUUUGCGCCGUCAGCCGAACGACCGUUUGUGCUCGGCCUACCGACCGGCUCCAGUCCGCUGAUUGUGUACCGGCUGCUCGUGGCAGCCUUCAAGGCCGGCCAGCUGUCGUUUCAGCAUGUCGUGACCUUUAACAUGGACGAGUAUGUUGGUCUGCCGCGCGAGCAUCCCGAGUCGUACCACAGCUUCAUGUUUGCCAAUCUCUUCCGCCACGUCGACAUCCCGGCUGCCAACGUGCACAUCCUGGACGGCAACCCGGCCGACGGCGAUUUUGCGGCCGAAUGCAGCCGCUACGAGGCGCAGAUCCGUGCUGCCGGCGGCAUCGAGCUCUUCCUCGGCGGUGUUGGCAGCGACGGCCACAUCGCCUUCAACGAGCCCGGAUCGUCGCUGGCGUCGCGCACUCGCGUCAAGUCGCUGGCUUUUGAAACACAAGUGGCCAAUGCGCGCUUCUUUGGCGGUGACGUCUCUGCUGUGCCGCGCAUGGCCUUGACGGUCGGUGUCGCCACAAUUCUCGACGCCCGUGAGGUCGUCAUCAUCGCCACUGGCCACAGCAAGGCUGCGGCUAUCCAACAGGCCGUCGAGGGCGCCGUCAGCCACAUGUGCACGCUCAGCUGCCUACAGAUGCAUGCCCGCAGCAUGGUAGUCGUUGAUGAUGCCGCCACUGUCGAUUGCAAAGUCAAGACUGUGAAUUACUUCAAAGGCGUCGAGGACACGAUCCGGCAAAAAAACGUAUUCGAGAUCCCUCGGCGGAAGAAGCUGCACGCUCUCGACACCAACGUGCCGCCCCGGAAUGUCCCCGACGCCGAGGAUGGUGAGCUGACGCCUGACAGCAUGUCGUCGCGCAUCCCCGGGAUGAGCCCCAAGAUUCUCAGCGUGCGUUCGGCCACCAUCACUUUUGCCAGCACUUCUGGUCAGCAGUGA